AGCACUCAAAAGGUAAGCCAAUCAAUGCAAACCACUUGCUUCAGAAAACCACCAUACUCCAAGUACUCCCUCACUUGAUUGAGAGAGAGAGUCCCACCACAAAUGUCACAAGCCAUGACAGCAGCAGCGGCAGCAGCAGCCAGAGUCAUAGCCGUCGCCAGCAACUCCACCUUCACCGCCGCCUCUUCCUGCUUGCUCCUCAAAACGCCGUUCGCUUUGAAACGUGGCUGCAACGCUCUCAGCUUCAACAACGGUAGACGAUUGUCCAAGAGAUUGUUUUCUUGCAAUGCCCUUUUUUACCCUCUGGUUCAGAUCAAACAGGAAGGCCAACCCGAAACCCUCGACUACAGAGUCUUCUUCGAAGAUACUUCGGGCACAAAGAUUUCUCCUUGGCAUGAUGUACCGUUGCACAUGGGAGAUGGUGUUUUUAACUUUAUUGUUGAGAUACCCAAAGAAUCAAGUGCGAAAAUGGAGGUUGCUACUGAUGAGCUAUACACUCCCAUUAAGCAGGAUACAAAGAAGGGCAAGCUUCGAUAUUACCCUUAUAACAUAAACUGGAAUUAUGGAUUGCUUCCACAAACAUGGGAAGACCCAUCUCUUGCAAACAAUGAAGUUGAAGCAGCAUUUGGUGAUAACGACCCUGUUGAUGUUGUUGAGAUUGGUGAAAGCCAGAGAAAGAUUGGUGAAAUUCUAAAGGUUAAGCCACUGGCUGCUUUAGCCAUGAUUGAUGAAGGGGAACUUGACUGGAAAAUAGUUGCCAUUUCAUUGGAUGAUCCAAGAGCUUCUCUUGUUAAUGAUGUUGAUGAUGUUGAGAAGCAUUUCCCGGGGACUCUCACUGCAAUCAGGGAUUGGUUUAGAGACUACAAGAUCCCUGAUGGAAAACCAGCAAACAAGUUUGGUCUUGGCAACAGGGCUGCAAACAAGGAUUAUGCUCUUAAGGUCAUUACAGAAACUAACGAGUCUUGGGCUAAACUUGUCCAAAGAUCGAUUCCUGCUGGAGGGCUUUCACUUGUAUAAACUCGACCAGGAGCAUUAGAGCGGCGAUGCUUGCAAUUUCAAAUAUUUAUCUGAGUUUUACUUCCCCCAUCCCCUUGCAAGCAAGGCUUGGUAAUCAUAGAAGUUGAUGCCAAUGAGUAGUCUGCUUAUUGUUUGGGUAAAUUAGAAAACUGUUUUGAUUGGGACAGAAUUUGAUUUCUUCUGAUGUGAUAAACAGGAAAAGACUUCUGUAGGAUUGACUUUCCUAAAAAUAUAAAAAUAAUAAUAAAGAAAAGCUCUCUUUCUGUUUGUGUUGAGAA